AUGGACUUAGAAGACGACAAAGGCUCGUCUAUAGAAGAAGGGGAGGUUCUAGAAGAAGGUGAGAUCGACGAUGACGAGGAAAAUGUCGAGAGGACGGUGUCUUUUCUCGGGAACGCAGACGGUUUCGGGUUGCCGCCCGAUGGCGAGUUCCCCCCCGGCCCGCUGAGGGUGGACUUCCGUCGGGACCGGGGUCGCUACGGUCCUCCCCGCGGGGCCUCGGGCUUCCUGCCGCCGCCGAGGGACCAGCCGGACUCGCCCGGGGAGUGGCGCUUUCGGGAUCUGUUGAGCAGAAGAGGCCGAGGGUUCGCGCCCGAGGGCGUCAGCUUCCACGGGGCCAUGAACCUUCCUGGUGGGAACCUCGGCCCCCCUCCCCACCACAUGGGCAAAGGAAAGGUCUUCCGAGGUCGCGGGCGGGGUCAGGGGUCGCAGCGAGGCGGCCGGGGUCAGGGGUCACAGCGGGGCGGCCGGGGUGGCGGCAGGGGCGGUCAGAAGAACUUUGACCCUCUGCGUGAACCCAGGGAACCAACAAGGAGGAGCUCUCGUCUGCGGAACCGCCCAGACCAGCCCCUCCAUGAGGCGGAACCCUGGCUGCCCUGGAUGAAAAAAUACUUCAACAAACAACCCAACAAUCCCAACAUGCUUCCCACCGUGACCCCGCGGGACGUUUCCAUGACGAUAUCGUCCAUGUCGUCGUUAGGGCUGGGUGCUAACGAGGGGGCGGUUCGUCGACAGGAACAGGCAGGGGACACGGAACAGUACAGCGACCUGCUGCAGAACUACAGACGCAUCAGGUCACAGCUAGAGGAGAUAGAACGGAAAGAGAAGCUUGAGAAGAUGGGUAUCCGUGAGUGGGAUCUGGAUAAGUACACUCGCGAGGAGAAAACCUCCAGGGACACCAGCCCUAAGGACGAGGGUCAGGAGUCAAAGGGCAAGCGCAGGUCAAGGUCCAGGUCGAAGUCAGGAUCGAGCAAGGCGAGCUCUAAAGCCGACACCAAACAUGAAGCAGAUACACAACAGGAGAAAAAGGCAGCUGAAGGCUCAGAUGAUGAUGAUGAGGAGUUGAUGGAGCUGCAGCUGCGUCUGAUCGCGCUGGAGUCGGCCGCGAAGGCUCGGCGGGACAGGACAGACACCGAGGACGGGCAGGACGACGGGACGGAGCCUUCUCCCCAGGGCAGGGAGACGACCUUCAAACCUGACCAGGACAAGGUCACGGCCAGCAGCCAACCUGGGGGGAGUCCACCCAAGAAAAGUGUGACAAAGAGCAGUGGGAGGAAACCACACCCCUCCAAACCCCCUGCCAUAGCCUCGCGCCAGCCUGCCCAUUCUCCCUUUAAUAUCUACAGGGACCCAGGUAGACAGGCCAGAUCGAAGCGUAAACGCGGCCGCCCGAGCAAACGGAAGCGGGACGAGCUGCGGAUGCUGCAGCAGCUGGAGGAGGAGGAGGAACGAGAGAGGACGCGACGGACCGAAGCAGCCCGCAUCCGUAACCUUGGCAACCACGCAGAGCAGUACAAACGCUUCAUGGAGUUUGUGACGGAGGCUCGGGAUGGCAGUCCUCAUCCGAAGCAGGAAGAAGAGCGUCGUCGGCGUUCCCGUUCAGCCGAGAGUUCCACCCGCCCCCCGUCUGCUGCCCCCCUCCCCACUGACCUGCAGGAUAACUAUGAGGAGGUCUCCAUGGAUGUGGACAGUAACGACGAGUCUCCAGGUGUGCUGAAGAAAGAAGCGUUCCUGUUCCCAGGACUCCCCCCCGACCUGCCCUUCGUACCCCCCCUGCCGCUGGAGGCCCCCCCGGAACUACCCCCUCCUCCUGAGCCCUCAGAUGUAACAGGUGGAGAAAAACCAGGUGAGGAGGAAGAUGAAGAUGAUGAUGAUGAAGACUUGGAGGCCCUGAGAGGAGAAGUCUUAAGAUCUCUGGCCAGCAGAAGGGCUCGGAAGGAGGACGUGGUGACGUUCCUUAAGACGUCCAGUCCAAGAGAAGGUUCCCCGUUUGAGGGUAACUCACCGAGCAGAGACGGCCAGCUGACACAGCCCUCCAGUUAUACAGUCAGGAGACAACAACAAACCAGGGGGCCACAGCCCAUUCACAUGAUCCCUGUGCACGGUCCCGUUGUGUUCAACCUUGGGGAGGACUCUGAUGAGAGUGAAGAGGAGGAGGGGGCGAAGUCUGCCGGAUCAUCGUGGCUGGACGACAUGCUGAAGGCUGCGAGAAGAGACGCUGAUGCUGCUAAAGCUAAGCCCAGCCCCCCUCCCCAGACUCAGAAGGCCCCUCCGGCUGCCAAAGCUAAACCCAGCCCCCCUCCCCAGACUCAGAAGGCCCCUCCUGUGCCAAAGACUCCCGAGGCUCUGGUGAAACUUGACCUGGAGAAACAACAGGAGUACCGCAGACUGAAGGAGGAGAUCGCUCGCAGGGAGAGGACAAGGCUGGAAGCAGGCUCUCAGCCCUCCAGUGCUGCUGCGUCUCCUUCUGUUUCUGACGUCGAGACUCGUGAUGACGACACGAGUCUUAAAGACACCACGCCGCAGGAGGAACAAACUCCUCAAGACAAGCCACAACUUCAAGACAUCAGUCUUCCCAAGAACUCUGACUCAGCACCUGGAGAGGUUAAGGAGACAGAAGAGAAAGGAGAAGACCUGUCUAAGGAGGAAGAGUUAAGACAGCGGCUUCUUGAGAAAAAUGUUGCAGACUGGGAAGGGAGAGUGGAAAAACACAGUGAUUCCGUGAGGAAAGACCAGCGGCUUCUGGCUGAACUCUCCAGACAGGUCAGCAUCAAGGAGGGCACCGUCAGGUCAGCAGAGGUCAAAGUGCAGAAGCUAAAGGAGCAACUCCAGGCUGCAGAGAAGAUACUGUCGGGAAGCCGUGCCCUGGUGAAAAGGCUGCAGGACCAGACUAACACAGUACAGCAGAGGCUAGACCGGAAACAGGCUGCUCAGAAGCAGCUAGUAGAAGGCCUCAACAAGGCUAGGAUUGCAGCAGGCAAACCCCCGUCUUCCAUAACCCUUGGAGAAACCACCGCUACCCUAAAGAGGAAACUUCCCUCUGGUGAACAGGGGAACAAAAAACCCAAAACUCAGCCCAAGCUGAGCCCACAGUCUAUAGUACAGGAAAAAAAGAGACUACAGCAACUGGAGAGGGAAUAUGCCGAGAAAAUCAGACAACUUAAAGAAGCAAUGGAGAGUAAAGCUCCCCGAGGAGAGAAGGAAGUCACUAAGGUGGAGGUUGAGAAGGAAAAUCUUCAACCAACCAAUGUCUUACAGCCUGUGGUAGACUAUAGUCAAGACAAGAUAAGUCUUUCUUACUCCGGUAGUGCAAAGGCAAGUAGUAGUGUGGAGGGGGAGAAUUCGAAGGAAGAGGGAACGGAGGAGAAAAGCAAAAGGAGAAAGUCACUUUUGGAGCUAAAUCCAAGCACAAAGCCACAAUUACUCUCACCCGAUAGGAGAAGAAGCAGCGAACGUCUCAGAGCUAGAACUCCUCAAGAAAGUGAAAGUUCUCAAGAAGACACUACAAGUGAAAGUGCUGUUGAGGAGAAGACGUUGAGUGUGAGAUUACCUGCAGGUCAGGGAAUGGAGACGCUAAGACGUCUUCAGACAGAGAAAGAGAAGAAGUUGCCGUCCACGUGCAUCCGAGCUCAUGUGCAAUGUCUCAAGGAGUACAGUGUCUUAGAAACACCAGUCUCCAAGGACUUAGACUUGAGGUUAGAUCCAGUGACCUCUGACCCCACCGACCAGUCAGAUGACCUUUUGCCCCUUCCCCUCCGACCUUACAGCAGCUGUCUGCUCAACUUCAGGUCAUACAGGUUCAAUCCCUACUACAGAACCAAGUCCAAGCUGCCCUUGACCUCUGCGACCUUUAGCCACAAGGUCAACCCGCACCAGGUGGUCUGCAGGUUUCAGCUAACCGGCACCUGUAACGACCAGGACUGCAGAUGGCAGCACCUUGCGUCUACUAUGCUGACAGGAGAUGAGUUAUACCAGGACCUGUUAUCCUACCAUCCACCUCUGGUGGGAGUUACUGAUACAGACCCUGUACAGUCUCAACAGGCUAUAGGUAUGUACUUAUACUGUCCUACCAUCCACCUCUGGUGGGAGUUACUGAUACAGACCCUGUACAGUCUCAACAGGCUAUAGUGGCCUAUGUAGAGAAGACCUGUACACCAAACAAAGACAAGAUGUCCCCAAACGACCAGUGCCUGCUCCUAGUUAGCCAAGUGAACGAGCACGCCAAACACGUGCCUCCUCACACCACCUUCUUACAACCUCGUGUCUGGAGACCCAGACAGGCAGACAGCAGGGAACUGAGGGAAGGGGAGACUGAGGAAGAGGAGGACAGAAAGUUUG